AUGAGUACAAAAAUGGGAAAGAAAGAAAUUGUACAAGCUGUAGUACUUGCAGAUGAUUUUUUAACAAAUUUAACACCAGUACAAAAUAUAUUUCCAAGAAUAUUGAUGCCCAUAAUAAAUAUUCCACUUUUAGAUUAUUUAGUGGAAACUCUUAUUAAAUCUAGAGUGCAAGAAUUAUUUCUUUAUUGCAGUAAAUAUGUGGAUUUAAUAAAAAAAUAUAUCAAACAUAAAAAUUGGUCAAAAAUAUCAAUUUCUUUAAUUGUAUCAGAUGUUUGUACUUCUCUUGGAGAUGCUCUUAGAGACAUUGAUACAAAAGGUUCAAUACGUAGUCAUUUUAUACUUAUAAGAGGAGAUGCAUUUAUUAAUGCUAAUCUUACAAAUCUUUUAAUACAUCAUUGUACAAAACUAAAAGAAGAUAAAGGUGCAACAAUGACUAUGGUACUAAGAAAUAUUGGUUCUAUAAAUCAAUCCUUUUUAAAGCAGGAAACAUGUUUAAUAGUUUCUGAUAAAAGCAGUAAAAAAAUUCUACAUUAUAGUAAAUUAAGAAAUGAUGAAAAAAAAGUAAAACUAGAAUUAAAUUGGUUUUUGAAUCAUAAUGAAAUUGAAAUUAACACUUGUUUUUUGGAUACUCAUGUUUAUUUAUGUUCUCCAUCUGUACUUCCAUUAUUUUCUGAUAAUUUUGACUUUCAAACAAUGGAAGAUUUCAUUCGCGGAGUAUUGAUAAAUGAAGAAAUUUUGAACUCCCGAAUUUAUUGGCAACAAUUAAAUCCUAAAGAUUAUAGUUUGCCAAUUGUAUCAUGGAAUGCAUAUCACAUUCUGAACAGAGAUAUUUUGAACAGACAUAGUUUUCCACUUACACCAAAUGCUAUUCCAUUUUUAAAAGAUUUUAUUUAUAUGCCAAGAUGCACAUAUAAACAUAGAAAUGCAACUCUUGCUAAAGGUUGUAUAUUAGAAAAAGAUAGCAUAUUAUGCCAAAAUAGUAUACUUGGAAAUGAUACUUUUGUUACAAGAUCAAUUAUUGGAAAUAAUUGUUUAGUUGGCUCUAAUGUAACAAUUAAGAAUUCUUAUAUUUUAUUAAAUAAUAAAAUUGAAGAUAAUUGUUGUAUUACAAACAGUAUAGUAUUUUCAGAUUGUAUUAUUAAACAAAAUGUGCAAAUAAAUGGAUGUAUAAUAUGUCCUAAAACAAUUAUUGAUACUCAAGUAGAAUAUAUUGAUUCUAUUAUAGAAUCAAAGAAUAAUAAAAUUUCUAUAAAAAAAAUAUCAGAAAUUAAUAAAGAUAAUGAAUUUCAAUUUUUCAAAAAUUAUGAUAUGAUAGAAUGUGAUAAUUAUUCUACAGAUACAUCAAGUAUUGAUGAAGCUUCAGAAUGUAAUUCACCAAUUCCAGAUGAUACAAAUAUGUUCUUAUCUGAAGUUAUUGAUAGUUUACUACGAGGUUUUCAAGAUAAACUUAACUGUGAUAAUUUAAUUUUAGAAAUAAAUUCAUCAAGAUAUGCAUACAAUAUUACCAUGAGCGAAGUAACAUAUAAUGUUAUUAAAGCCAUAUUAAGUUUGCCUUUUCAUUAUCUAUCAGAGAAGAAAGAAACUACGACUAAUCAAAAUUAUCAAAAAAAUUUAAAAAUUAUGGUAACAUAUUUUUAUCCAAUUAUCUCAAAUUAUAUUAAAACAGAAGAUGCGCAAGAUGAUUGUUUAAAUGCAAUAGAGGAGAUAGCAAGUACAACUCAAGAAUUAUUACCAUUUUUACAACAUUUGUUGCAUAUGCUUUAUGAUAAAGAUAUAUUAUCAGAAGAAAAAAUUUUAGAAUGGUAUAAAUCUGAUGAUAAAGACAUUGAUUCUCUUGAAUUUCAAAAAAAUAAAGUGAGAACUGCAAUAAAACCAUUUAUUAAAUGGUUGGAAGAAGCUGAAGAAGAUUCUAGUGAAACUGAAAAUGAUUAAAUAUAUAUUAAAUUUAUAAUAAAAAAUGAAAUCUCUUUAAUUUUUCUAUUAUAAAUUUUUCUUAAAAAUAAUAAUAUUAAAUCAAAUAUAAAAUAUAAAAUAAUAACAUUUCCCAUAUAUAAUAUAAUAUUUUAUUUUUGUGUUAAUUUUUUUUUUGAAUAACAUUUUGAGCAAUAUUAUUGAUCAUAUGUAAAUAAAUUAUUUUGCAGAAUAUUAUGCAUAUCGAAUAUACUGACUCUAUUAAAACAUUUUGAAUUAUAUACUAUAUAAUAAAAAUAGAAAUAUAAAUUAUUCUAUAGGCAAAAUAGUAUCAAUUAAAUUAUGCCAAGCUUGAUGACGAUGAUCCGGAAAUUUGAUUACAUCUAUCCAAUGUCGUAAUCGUGCUCCUUUACUAUUACGACUUAAUUCAAGUCCACCUAAAUAAAAAUAUAAAAGAUAUUACUGUAAUAAACGUAUAUAGAAUAAGGCAUAUAACUAAAAUUAUUUUGAUUAUUUAGUAAGUAAUAAUUUUAAUGAAAAAUAUUUCAAUUAAAAGUUGAAUGAUUUUGAAGAAUAUGUAAUUUAACAUAAAUAAUUUUUUUAUAAUUGAAUGCAAACAAAUAAAGAUUACGUAUGUUUCUUUAAAUUAUAUAUUUAUUAUAUAUUUUUAUUAUAUAUUAUUAUAUAUAUUUUUUAUUAUAUAUUAUUAUAUAUAUUUUUUAUUAUAUUAAUCGAUUCCAUUAGUAAUUUUUUUAUAAAAAAUCGAAAUUUAACUCUUAUAAGAAAAUUAUUUUUUAUUAAAAUUAUUUACAAAAUGAUCAAAGUAGUUACAUGCCAUACUUUGUAUAAAUUUUUUCUUUUCAAUAUAUCUAAGAAUAAAAUUAUUAAAUUAAAAAAAAAA